AUGGAAUCUUCAAAGGAAAAGUGUAACAAUGGCAAUGAUAACAGUAACAGGGACCCCCUUAACUGGGGCAUGGCUGCGGAUGCUUUGAGAGGUAGCCACCUUGAGGAGGUGAAGCGCAUGGUGGAGGAGUACCGUAACCCCGUGGUGACGGUAGGUGGGAAGAGCCUCACCGUGUCUCAGGUGGCGGCGGUUGCCAACGGUGGCGUGUGGGUGGAGCUGGCUGAGGAGGCCCGACACGGCGUGAAAUGCAGCAGUGAUUGGGUGACUGAUAGUUUGGUUAACGGCGUUGAUACGUACGGGAUCACCACAGGCUUCGGUGGAACCUCCUACAGGAGAACCAACCAAGGUGUUGCCCUCCAAAACGAACUCAUCAGAUUUUUAAAUGCUGGCAUAUUUGGAAAAGAUUCGGAAUCGUGUCAUACUUUACCUCAAUCAGUCACAAGGGCAUCUAUGUUGGUUAGGAUUAAUACUUUGCUUCAAGGAUAUUCGGGCAUAAGAUUUGAAAUUAUGGAGGUCAUAGCCAAGUUUUUGAACCAGAACAUAACCCCUUGUCUCCCACUACGUGGCUCAAUCACUGCAUCAGGUGACAUAAUUCCUUUAUCAUAUGUUGUUGGCCUCUUAAUUGGGAGGCCAAACUCUAAGUCAAUUGGACCUCAUGGAGAAGUUCUUAAUGCUAGAGAGGCCUUUCAAUUAGCAGGAAUUGACGGUGGUUUCUUUGAGUUGCAACCUAAAGAGGGUUUGGCAUUAGUAAAUGGCACUGCAGUGGGAUCAGGUUUGGCUUCCAUCAUUCUUUUUGAGGCAAACUUACUUGUCAUCCUCUCAGAAGUCUUGGUUGCAAUUUUCGUUGAAGUUAUGCAAGGAAAACCAGAAUUCACAGAUCACUUGAUUCAUAAAUUGAAGCACCACCCUGGCCAAAUUGAGGCUGCAGCUAUAAUGGAGCAUAUAUUAGAUGGCAGUUCAUUUAUUAAGGCAGCACAAAAGUUCCAUGAAAUUGACCCACUUCAAAAGCUUAAACAAGACAGGUAUGCUCUUAGAACAUCACCUCAAUGGCUUGGACCACAAAUUGAAGUCAUUAGGCAUGCAACAAAGAUGAUUGAAAGGGAGAUCAACUCUGUGAACGACAACCCCUUGAUUGAUGUUUCAAGGAAUAAGGCACUUCAUUGUGGAAAUUUUCAAGGUACUCCAAUUGGCGUUUCAAUGGAUAACACUCGUUUGGCCAUUGCAUCCAUUGGAAAACUUUUGUUUGCCCAAUUCACGGAACUUGUUAAUGACUUAUACAACAAUGGUUUGCCUUCAAGUUUAGCUGCUAGUCACAACCCAAGCUUGGAUUAUGGCUUGAAAGGAGCAGAAAUUGCAAUGGCAUCCUAUUGUUCAGAACUUCAAUACCUUGCAAAUCCUGUCACCAAUCACGUCCAGAGUACCGAGCAACAUAACCAAGGCGUAAACUCGUUAGGCUUAAUUUCUUCAAGAAAGACAGCUGAAGCAUUAGACAUAUUAAAGCUCAUGUCCUCCACUUUCUUAGUUGCAUUAUGCCAGGCUAUUGAUCUGAGGCAUUUAGAGGAAAAUUUGAAGAACACUGUCAAGAAUAUUGUGCGUGAAGUUGCCAAAAGAGUUCUCACAAUUGACAUUAACCACGAGCUACAUCACUUUAGGUUAUAUGAGGACUUGCUUAAAGUUGUAGAUGGCGAGUACGUGUUUGCUUACAUUGAUGAACCUUGUAGGACAACCUACCCUCUAAUGCAAAAGUUGAGGUUAGUCCUAAUUGAACAUGCAUUACAAAAUGGUGACAAAGUGGCAGGUUCAAGUACCUCAAUUUUCCAAAAGAUAAGAGCUUUCGAUGAAGAGCUCAAAGCCCUUUUGCCCAAAGAGGUGGAAAGUGCUAGGAUUGAAAUUGAGAAUGAAAAUCCUGUUAUUCCUAACCGAAUUAAGGACUGCAGGUCUUACCCAUUAUACAAGUUUGUGAGAGAAAAUCUGGGUACAAGUUUGCUAACAGGUGAGAAAGUGAGGUCACCGGGUGAGGAAUGUGAUAAGGUAUAUAUUGCAUUGUGUGAAUGGAAGUUUAUCGAUCCUAUGUUGGAUUGCUUAAAGGAGUGGAAUGGAGCUCCUUUACCGAUAUGA